AUAUGCAAGAGGCUUGACCGACCAGCCAAUACUUGGUUCAAGUUAAUUCGUGCCUUGACUUACUCCUCUUUAUUUAAUUCCGUUGUUCAAUCAGCCAUGUCCAACGUCCACCAGCCAUUUCUCCCGUCCCAGUAUGACGAAGAGAAGACAAUUCGAGCGACUACCUCUACCUGGAACAAUUACGCAAACGAAGAGCCCAAGGAGGCAUUGAAAAGGGGCUUAAAAUCCUUUCCAAUAGUCGAAGUCAUUGUCCACGCCCUUGCAAUCGGUACCGUCGGGGUGCUCAUAUGGCUGAACGUGGUGAAGAUGCCCUGGGUCGAUUUCGUGAUUGACGACGAUACCGUGGAGACAGGAUAUUGGCAGCUUGUCGCCAAAGCGCAUGAACUCCUAAUCACGACUUCUCUCUCAUACAUAGCAUUUUAUUACAUGCGCGCGAUGUUGAUGGGAGAGCGGGGCGUACCCUUCGGCCUACUUAGUUCGACGUACCAAUUUUCCAAGCCCACCAUGCUGUACAGACACGGGGCGUGGAUUUCGGCAGUUUCGCAUCGCGCGAUUUUUGGGCUUACACUGCUGGUUUUCGGCGUCAUCUCCAAUCUGGCAAACCCGUUCUCUGCCAUUCUAAUGAUUCCUACUCCCGGUUGGGUUACUACAGGCGAGCGAAUAUCAGCGGACGCCUCCACCAUUCACAUACCAGGCUCUAAGAAUUUACUGUGGCCGAGUGCAUACAAUGAAACCUUCAAUUCAGAUGGACAGCUUCCUUGUAACAUGAUGGACGAUUAUGAUGAUGUCAGGUAUCAAUGUCCCGCUUUCGGACACAAGGAGAUAUUGAAUUGGUUUACAUACUACAUGGGUACGGGAUCGUACACAGAUGCCAGUUUCGCUCCCUUGAUGGGUGGAGCGAGGCGAGACGCUGUUGUCUCCUGCACACAAGAGAAUUGUAACGACUCUAGUGAAGCGUACAGCACUGUCAUGACAGAGCUAGAAACAGUGUCUAUUGGCUCUUAUUCAGGAUGGGCCAGGAAUCAGAAUCUGGGAGGAAUUAGGGAUGUGCCAACAUCCAAGUUCACCGUGUCCCAACGAACGCCCUCGUAUCAGCCAGUCGUUGCAGUAAAUUGCAAGGCAGGCAGUUGGAACGCGGGUAGAGAAGGCAUUGACAUAACGUUUCCCGAUAUUCAAAGUAAAUGGAGCCCAUCUGAAGGACCCGGCAGGCCUCCAUUCACCACCUACCUGAAUCAAAGUUACUCGGGCGCAAACGACUUUCAGUGGUUCAAAGACACACAGGACAACUCUUCCUCUAUCUUAGCACUGGCCAUAUUACCUUUAGACCUUGAAAAUCCCGAGGAAAUAGAUAAACAGACUAACCUAUACGUGGCGUGCGCAAUCGAUGCCCGGUGGUUCGCAAAUCUGGCCUGGUACUCCCCGAAAAACUCAGCAACCGUACAGAGCAACGUUACACGUAACCUACCAAAGAUCCUAAGAUCUAAAGACGUACUAUCCCAUACUGCGCUGGGUAUUUCAGCUAGUCCCAUCGACAUCUCACUCGACGGGGCCGUGUAUCUCAACCCAACCAAGUCAUUUUACGAUAACGACACUUACGACACUGCCAUGUCGUACAACUAUUCACUCUUGGGUGAUUUCCUUGAUGGCUUGCAGACACAUAAAGAUAUCAGUAGCACAUGGCUUCGGCCUGCUGAAAAAUUCGUCUCUUCUCUCCUAAGUCUUGUCGUUGCAGAUGGCCUUGCUCGUAGUGCCUCGACAUGGGCUCGAAACCCGCCAUUCCUCGACAUCCACGAUUCGAACCCUGUGAUAUUAGGCGCGUCAGAUGCCAUUUCGAAGGAAGCCAGCGAGGGAUUACUGGCCGAGAAUGCCAAAUCUGACCAAUAUCUCGUUGAAAUAGAAGUCGAACGCUAUGUCUACGGCUGGAUACCUCAAGGCAUAUCGUUUUGGUUUGCAGUGGGCAUAUUCCUACUGUAUGCCCUGAUAGCGGCCGGUCAUUUGCUAUACAUACUGUUCAUUUUCAUUUUCUGGAAUUCAAAGUACUGUGGAGGAACCUGCUGGGACUACAUGGGCGAUUUGGUAGCCUUGGCCAUGAAUUCCAGCCCAACACCCAGAUUAUACGGAACUGGUGCCGGUAUCAAGAAGUGGGACAUUUGGAAGAAUUCUGCCAAAGUGCGGUCUUUCAAUGGAGAGAGGCUCGAGCUGUGCUUCUUGGACGACGGCGAAGAGGCUGGGGAAUUGAUCCAGCCAGGGAAGAAGUAUUACUAAAUCUGUUGAGAUCAGAUUGCCCAUUAUCUAGUUACUUAAUCACCAUAAUAUCACUCGAUGCUCAAGUAGCAUCAUGAGAACUACCAACGAUCUGACCUCGGACAGAGUUUUGACUUGUCUCUCAAUCUCCAGAGAACGAAUAGCAGGGCGACAAUAAAUUUCGGACACUUAGCUGUCAUAUACAUAAAUAUUAUUCCACAUUCCACAUGCACAAAUACGUCCACAAGACCCCACCAUCAACCCCGGUUCAUCACUUUCGGAUAACUACAUAUGACUACAUAUGCAAUUAUGCAAGCUACCCACGUGCCAACGGUCACUACCCACAUAUGUACAUUACAGCUAGCUCCAUGAUACUCGAUGAUAUGACAGCAUCACCACACAGAUCUAGCACCCCACCCCACACAGCAACAACCCACUCAAUCCCACCAAAAUGCAACUCCCUCAUACCCCAUCACCUCGAAUCCCACAAUUUCCGUCUCAAACCCUUCGACCUUUACAACACUCCACCUAUCAACAAUCUACUUAAUCCCACCAAAUGCAACUCCCUCAAAUCCCAUCACCUCGAAAUCCCACAAUCUCCAGCAUCACCAAAGGACACCGCGUCUCAGACCUUCACACAUCCAUCCCCACUCAUCCCUCACAACGGCAAAACUCCAAUCCCACCAACCCAUCCCCCUCAACGUCAGCAAUCACACUCGGCAAAGACCCCCACCACCACGCAUAACGCCAUCACCACCCAAUAAAAGUACUAAUAAUAAUAAUC